CACUGAUAAUCAGUGUGCCCUGAUGAUCAGUGUGGCCCCAGAAGUGCCAUCUGUCAUUGCUCAUCAGUGCCACGUGCCAGUGCCCAUCAGUGCCACAUCAAUGCCACAUAUCAGUGCAUACCAGUGCACAUCAAUGCCACACAUCAGUGCCCACCUGAGCUGCCUUUCAAUGUCACCCAUCAGUGCCAGUCAGUGCCACCUAUCAAUGCCAAUCAGUGCCACCUAUCAGUGCUGCCAGUGCCGCCUAACAGUGCCCGUCAGUGCCGCCUAUCAGUGCCAUCAGUGCCUCCUCAUCAGUGCCCAUCACUGCAGCCUCAUUAGCGCACAUCAGUGAAGGAGAAAAAUCACUUAUUUACAAAAUUGUAUAACAAAAACUAAAAAAAAAGUUUUUUUUUUUCAAAAUUUUCAGUGGUUUUUGGUUUAAGAAAAAAUAAAAAUCCCAGAGGUGAUUAA